UUCAAAAGCUCGUGAGAGAGAGGGAGGAAGAAGAAGAAGAAGAAGAAGAAAAGAGAAAGAAGAGAGUUUCAGAGAUUCAUCUCACAGUCCCUCGCGCCGUUUUUGGGAUCUGAAACUCAAUUAAAUUCAGCUUCUUUUCUUAAUCAAGAUUAAUUCUUCACUAAUUGUUGUGAUUAUUGUUAUUGUUUCAGUGAAGUGAAAUUUGUGAUUUUUUUUGUGUGUUGAAUUUUUGGGGCGAUCAAAUGGGUGAAGGUGAGGGUAGUGAUAUCCCUCCAAAAAACGCACCAUUGGAUUCUGUUAAGAAGCUUGCUAGGCAGCUCGAUUUCAACGCUUUUGGUGGCACGCCGGUAACAGCGCCUCUGCCGGAACACCCACAACCAUCUCCGACACUUCCUCCUCUUCCUGCAACCAAAUUGGGGAAACCAGAAUCUCCAAAAUCAAAAUCAAGACCCAACUUUGAGACAAAAGAUGCUACUCCAAAGAAGCAAAAGCAGUGCAAUUGUAAACAUUCAAGAUGCUUAAAGCUAUAUUGUGAAUGUUUUGCGUCAGGGAUAUAUUGUGAUGGUUGCAACUGUGUAAAUUGUUUUAACAAUGUUGACAAUGAAGCGGCUAGACGAGAAGCCGUUGAAGCAACUUUAGAACGCAAUCCAAAUGCCUUUAGGCCGAAAAUUGCAAGCAGUCCUCACGGAACACGUGAUAACAAGGAGGAGACUGGGGAAGUUAAAGUAUUGGUAAAGCACAACAAGGGGUGUCAUUGUAAAAAAUCUGGGUGCCUCAAGAAGUACUGUGAAUGUUUCCAAGCCAACAUUCUUUGUUCUGAAAACUGUAAAUGCAUGGAUUGCAAAAACUUUGAAGGAAGUGAAGAGCGACAGGCUUUGUUCCAUGGAGAUCAAAACAACAAUAUGGCGUAUCUUCAGCAGGCAGCCAAUGCUGCUAUAACUGGAGCUAUUGGUUCCUCUGGUUAUUCAUCACCACCAGUAGCAAGAAAAAGAAAAGGUUCGGAACUCUGGCCGUCCAUCAGGGAUCCAUCGUUUGGAAAGCUAGGACAACAGGCAAAUCCUGUCAGAGGUCCUGCAGCACCCUCCUCAUCCUUGUCUCCUGUCCCAGUACCUCGUGUUGGACCUUCAACAUUAGGCCCUUCAAAAUUUAUGUACAGGUCUCUUUUAGCAGACAUCAUACAACCACAGCACCUGAAGGAGCUUUGCUCUGUUCUAGUGCUAGUAUCUGGACAAGCCACAAAAACACUUACAGACCAGAAAAAUUUAAUAGAUAAGCACACAGAUGAUCAGACAGAAACUUCUCUUGCUUCCUCAAAUCAAGAGCAAUUACCAAAUCAAAAGGAAGCUGAUGUUGAGAAAGCUGUGGCUGAUGAUUGUUCGAGUGCAAACCAAACUGAUAAAACCAGUCCUGAAAAUUCCAGUUCAGAUGGUGCUGAUGUUCCAAAAGGGAGGCCAAUGUCUCCUGGAACUUUAGCAUUGAUGUGUGACGAGCAAGAUACAAUGUUCAUGACUGCUGCCCCCUCUACUGUGUCGAUGGCUCAUGCUUGCAACACAUCUUCACAAUUGCCUUAUGGACAAGGAGCGAAAGAGAUCUAUGCAGAGCAAGAAAGGAUCGUAUUGACGAAAUUCAGAGAUUUUCUUAAUAGGGUUAUCACUAUGGGCGAAAUAAAUGAGACGAAGUGUUCUUCAUUAGCCAGAAGUGAGUUAGAGACUCAAAAGGACCCAAUCAUCAAUCGAACUGAAAAUACAAGUACUGAGGCAGCGCAUCAGCAAGGACUGGGAUCCACCUGUAAUAACGUUGGCAAAGCAGUUGGCAACACCAUCACUUCAACACCUAUGGUCCCUUGCAACACCGUCACUUCAACAACUUUGAUCCCUUGCAACACUAUUACUUCAACACCUUUGGUCCCUUGCAACACCAUCACUUCAACGCCUUCGGUCCCUUGCAACACUGUCACAUCAACAACACCUUUGGUCCCUUGCAGUCUUGUUUCGGAAAAUGGGGAAAUUAAGCCGAAGGUCGAACAAUAGAUAGAGAAGGAGUCUAACUUAGAUGAGCAGAGGUACCAUUUGGAAGUAAAACUAGAAGAAUGUUUUGUGCGUGUGUUCUCUGUAAUGGAAAAACAUUGUCAUUCUUCAUUUUCUGGCAUUCCUACAGUUAAAGCCUACAGAAAAACCAGUCCAACUAAGAUCCAUUUUCUUUUAUCAAUUUUGUUGUUCUAAUUCAUAUUUAUAUGAAUUAAUUAUUCAGCUUCAACAUUGCCUGUAAAUUACAUAAUUGUAAUUUCAUAAAAGAAACAAUGUAACCUAAUUCCCCUUUCUAGGGCUUUUUUUC